AUGGUUUCGGAAGCGUUGAAAGUGAGUGGCCAAGAAAUCAACUAUGUAAGGCCAGCACUGACAUCUGCAGUUUCACCUUUAAGAUUUCCUGGCUUCACAACUAUCGAUUCUCCAUCAUUCUCAUUAGUUCCCCGACGAGGACAAAGCUUCGCUACACAAUUUCAGGCAUAUCAAAAUGGCAACAUGCAACUUCAACAUUCACCAAUUAGUCAACGCAUGUCCGUAUUCUCUACAAAUCCAACAAUAUUUCCUUACCUUGCAAGACCGCGUGUUCACGGAUUCAUGGCACAGAAUGUUCCGGGAUUACAAUCCAGCACAAACGUACAGUUUCCUGCAGUAAAUGCCAGGGCUAUACCACCUACUCAGAAUGGCGGUAUGUGGAGAGUAGCCAUCCCGACCAACUUGAGGAAUGCUAUUCAAGGCACAUCAUUGACCGGUGAAGCAAGCCAAUCUCAAUCCGUAUCGACAUUACAAGGACUUGCAUCUGGAUCAGAAAUUUCUGGUCAGAUCGCUGAACAGUCAAGAAUAGAUUCAGACAACGACUUGACACAAGGGAAGGAAAUAAAAAGUUUGGACAAGGAAGCUAAUGCACAUGUCGCUAGUCGAUCGAGUACAGCCAUGAAGAUUGUUAAACCUCAAGCUUCAGAAUCAAGCCGUCGAAAGAUAAAAAAGCGUCAGGAACUGAAAUUGAAGCUAGAAAAACUGCGGGCACAAAGAGCUGCAGAGAAGGCUAAAAAGGCAGCGGCAAAGAAAGCAGCUGCAAUGGAGGCUGCUGCAAGGGAGGCUGCUGCACAGAAAGCUGCACUGACGGCAGCAAAUAAAGCUGCAAAAAUGGCUGCAAAUAUAAAAUCUACAGAACAAACAACAAACAAGGCUUCCUACACAUCAGUGCUGAGUGCAAAAGCGCCGAAAGCUACAACGAGCACAAUUCCACGGAGUCAAACAUCCACUUCCCAUUCAAGUUCUACAACCGUUUCCAACACCAUGAAUUCAUUAAAGAAUAGUCUUAAAGAUGGAGGACUAAAUAUAUCGCCCCAAUACCUUACCGAGCUCAUGAGUCUUGGUGAUAAGCACGGAUUGGAUGAAAAAACAACCAGGAACGUAAUAAAUCAUCUCCUGAAUUCUAUCAGAGUUGGAAAUUUCGACUUCCGCAAUAGAUUAUUUUCUGCAAAGCAGGAAGCAUCCUUCAAGCAAUUACAGGAAAAGUCAAUCAGACUACUGGCUGCUUUAGCUGCAGGUUCAUCUUCUUCCUCGCUACCAGCAAGAACUGGAGUAGAUAGAAGCCAUCAAUCGAAAACAGAAGGAGGUUCUGACGCAGGAAACACUGAUAUAUCAGAGUAUUUUAAACAACUGAAGUCGUCCCACUCUACUUCCGAUAUAGGAUCCGGUCAAACGUUCAGUUCAGCUGAGGUUGGAAGCAAUUCUAAUGAUCUUGCAGUGCUCCUUAAACAUUUGCAAAGCUCACAGACAGGAACAAGCGGAGGGACCGGGUCAGGCGCCUUGGACCUUCAAACACUCCUUACUCAUAUGAACAGUCAUGCACAAGGAGCAAGUGGGCAUCAACUGCCGUCUAGCCUCAGCACACAGCAGUCGAGAAGUGGAAUGAACGAACAACAGAAAUACACAAAUGACAUACACACAAAUCUGCCUCAAGGAGUCAAUAACAUUCCCGAGAUUUCAAGACAAAGAGGACAGUCUAAAUCUAAAUCAGGUACCAGAGCUGGUUCAUCACAAGGUUCCUCUUGGUCAUCAUCGUCAACGUCAUCCUCUCAUAACGUCAAAAGAGGAAACUCAGUUGCAGGAGCAAAUCAAGACGCUGAAUUAGCAAAGAUGCUUACACUGAUCUCAGCACUACAGCGGAGUCAGUCAACUAAAACACAUGGCACACAUGGAACAUCAUCGCUGUCCAGCGAGGCAGAGAUAAAGAAAGUCAUGACGGAAUUGGCAAAAUCUGCGGACGGCGCAACAGACGCUGAACUUGCGUAUCUAAUUAAGAGGCUUUCCGAACUACAGUCAGGAUCCGAAGGAUCGGGUGAAAUGCAGACAGCAAGUUCAAAACCCCGAGGAAUUAGUUCCAGUUUUUCAGGCCAGCAUUCAAAAGGAGGAUCGCAAAACGGUGGCAAAGGAGGUUUUGGCCACACGUCGUCUUCGUCGUCGUCUUCAAGUAAAAGUUUUGCGCAGACCUCAAAAUCAAAUUCAUUGCGAUCAACAUCUAGCAAAUCUAGCAGAUCCAAGUCGUCCCGGUCACGGAAUUCAUCAUCUGAACGUAAAUCUUCAGCAUCCAAGAGUUCCAGGUCAGGGAAAACUGAGUACAUCAUGCUUUAUAACAAAGGCGAACAAAAGAGGGUACGCUUGUCAGACUUGAGACGAAAAUUGCUGCCUCUGGUACAACAGAAAUCAGGGCACCAGAGUGAAGCAGAAAUAGAAAGUGUUGUUUACGAUAUAAUAAAAAAACUACGCUUAGAAUCCGCCAAGCGCAUGAGAAGCAAGGAUAGUGACAGCUUUCUUUUAGGCGGUCGUUUGAUCGAAUUUGACAACCCAGUAGGAACUCGUGCCGGUGUCAGUGGAGAUCUUGCCAACCAAGCUUCCAGUGCUGGUGCCGUUGACCAAUCAGCUAUUAGCAACUUCACACCUUCAGACGUGUUAAUGAACACUAUAACAGAGUUGGUCAACCAUAGAGACGUACCCAAUACUGCUUCAGGUAGUGCAACCGCGCCUGCGUCACCAACUCCAAACACUGACCUGACAAGGGCAGCCAACUCUGUUUCAGAAGCUGCACCGUCCGGUUUCUUGGAUUCAUUUUUCACCAUUCAGCAGGGACAGAUUGGAGUGCCAGCCGACUCACGGAUGAAAGGAGAAAUGAGUGCCGCGGACGCAUUUAGAUUCGCAGCCAUGACAUCGCUGAUGGGGGAAAAUCCACCACUGAAAGAAGUUACCGGUGAGGCAGCCACUAACACCAACAGUGGUUCCGCUACUGUUACCUUAAACUCAAAUACUGGAACACAGGCCAGCACCGCAAGUGGCUCUUCAACAAGUACAAACAGUGGAUCUAUGGCAGUCCAUGCCAGCAGUGGGCCCGUAACAAGCUCUAACCAUGCGAACACAAUAGCAACACAGACGUCCAAUGUUCAUACCAAUCAACCAACGCUCUCCAGCAGUGGUAUUGAGACAACCCAUUUAGCCCAUGGAACCUUAGGAAUAGGAAACACCAUGGAAUCCCCAUCACAACACCAACAAGGUGAUGCAGGCUCAAUCAACAGUCAAGAACAAAUGACGUCCACCAAUAUCAAUGCAAUUAGCGAUAUUACAUCACAUCAGACACCCGAUAACAUGCAAUGGAUUCCACAGGGUACAGCUGAUGCUACUACAUCAGGAACUGAUCCCGCAACAGUUCAACAAGCUUCAAAAUUAAUCGAUCUCAUCAUAGCAAACGAAAUGACCCAUCAAAACGCCCUAGGUGGCGCACACCAAGCAUCAGGAGGAAAUAUAGAUUCUACAAGCGCUGACAUGAUGGCCUCACUGCUAGCAGACCAAGUCAUGGCAAAAUCUGGUCAAUCGCCAAAUGCCGCUCUUACCGACGCACUUUCAAAUGUCAAUUCCCAGACAGGUCAAGAUUCUAUAAAUAAAGUGGCAUCAGUUCUAGCAGAUUUGAUCGCCAUAUCUCCUCAGAAUAUGCAAGGAACCGGAAGUGCAGUUAAUACAAUGAGUCACGGUGAUAGUGGGGCAUCGAUGUUUGAAAACACGCAUAACGCUGGUCAUGUCCAACAUAUGUCUGGAGCAGGAAUCAGUCAUGAUAUCGCAGGAGAGGGACAAAAUCAAAAUAUGGCAGGAUUCACUAAUAAUCAGGAUUUUAACAUGGCAGUUUCUUCAGCACAUGGACAAGCGUCGUCGCAAGGUAGUCCUACGCCAGUUGUAUAG